AUGUCCUCCCCUGGCCCCGACCACCAGGCAUUAUCGCCGGCAGUCCUUCCCGCCAAGGCUGAACAGGAUGCGGCCAAUACGCAACCUGCGAACUCUGCGCCGCCACAAGAGCCAGUGCAGCCCGCGCAGCCCAGGCCCACGGUUCACGACGAGGACUCGGACUCGGACCUAGAUGAAUUGGACGACGUCCUAGAUGACUUCUCCAAACCCAAGCCAGCACCUGCGGCGCCCGCGGCGCCCGCGUCCACAGAACCAGCCCUAGGCCCCGCCGACUUCAACGAAGACGACUUCCUGAAGCAACUGGAAGCCGACAUGGCAAAUCUGAUGGGUAACGCAGCCGGUGGUGCGCCCUCCGGCAGAAACGCCGCAGACCUGGCUUCAAUGGAGCAGGGCGCAGACGCAUUUGCCAAGCAGCUCGAAGAGAGCGGGAUCCCACCGGGCGACUUCCUGAAGCAACUGCUCGCCGACGUAAUGAAUGAGGAGAGCAGCGUGAAGGGCAGCUCGGCUCCAGCGGGGACUGGAUCGGCGGCUGCUUCGGCAGCUGCGGCCGCAGCAUCCAGUGUCGCAGGACAUGGGGCCGAACAGGCCUCUGAUUUCAAUGAUGCAAUUCAGCGGACGAUGGAGCGCAUGAAGGCAUCUGGUGAUAAGGCAACGGAAGCUGCUAGUACAGACGAUGGGGAUGAUAUGAUUGCGCAGCUGCUGAAGGCUGUUGAGGCGGGGGCGUCGGGGGCCGGAGAUGAUGGAGACCUGAGUAAAAUGUUUAUGGGGAUGAUGGAGCAGUUGUCAAAUAAAGAGAUGCUGUAUGAGCCGAUGAAGGAGCUGGAUGGCAAGUUCGGCCCUUGGAUUGCGAAGAAUAAGGCGGAAGGGACGGUUCCUGUGGAGGAUAUGGAGAGGUAUGAGUCGCAGGCACGCAUUGUCGGGCAGAUUGUGAAAAAGUUCGAGGAACCGGGGUACUCGGAUGAAGAUUCCAAAUGCCGCGAGUAUGUGUGGGAGCGGAUGCAAGAGCUGCGGGCAGCCCACCGGGAAGAGCUUAUCUCGAAUCCACUCAUGGGAGACCUUGGAGGUGCCGGUGCUGGUGCUGAAGGCGUACCCGAUUGCCCCCAGCAGUAG